AUGGCAAAAUGUACUUUACUGAUGUGCUUAAUCCUUUUAGCUAUUCUAUCAACCGCAAGAAUGACAGUAAUUAAGAAAAAACCCAAAACAUGCGCUGAAGUUAGAAAUAUAUUUCGAGUCUCGUACAAUGGAUAUUUUACACUCUAUGAUUCUGUAAAUAAGCCCUAUCUUGUAUUUUGCGAUUUCCUAUCUGAUCCUGGAUUCGCAUGGACACUUAUAGAAUCGUUAUCAACAACUAAUGCACGAGCCACUACUCGCACAUACGACAAGGGCUUUUAUUAUGAUGUUGCCUCCAACGAGUGCACACCUAAUUGGUCAUGCUAUCGACUUUCUAAAGCCAGAAUGCUUUCAUUAAAGAAUGCACCAUUAUCGACACAUUAUCGUGCUACGUGUAACUUUGAUAGCCAAGGCGUGAAAGGACUUCAAAGUCGUCGUGAUUACUUAAAGGGAUCAUUUUGUGCAAAUAAACUAUUUUUCGCUCCAAAAGCGCAUGCAACUUGUGUUAUAGUCGACUAUAUCAACGUUCGUGGACAUUAUUGCAGAAAAUGUAGUCUUCCAUUCUGGACCGAUCCACACCUUCAUUUACAUAUAGAUGUUUCGCAUUCAAGUAGAAUGUGUGGAAGAUUUACUGUCAGUAAUCCUGUAUCAAGUGAAGACGUUUUCGGCCAUUAUUAUGGAAUUAAUAAAUUGUUUUCUUGCACUGCAACAGCUACCACAACAACGAACUGGUGGAUUGGUGGCCCAUAUCGUCAUUAAGUAGACAUCAUUGAAUUAUAGUGGCGUACAGUGCUUAAACCAACGUCUUACGCUAACUGAAUGUAUUUUAAGAACUACUGGAUCCUCUUUAUUAUCGAUAUCUUUCCUCCAAGCUUUCCAAAAUACCUCCUAGCACGUACUUAUAUAGCAAACUCAAGCUACGAGGGGUACUGAUAGUUUAAAUGCAAUGUCUUGAUUUUAGAUAACUGAUUAUGAUAACUUGUAUGGUGUCAAAUCUUACUUUAUUAGUAUCUAACUUCAUAAUUGUAGUGU